UCCUCCUGGCUUCUUUCUGCACACCUGCCCUGUAUCAGCCUCAUUCGCCCUGCCCUGUUCCCAGUGUUUUCCCCAGCCAAUCAGCUCCUCCUGUUUCCUUACCUUACUCCCCUCACCUGUGCUUCUCCACCUGCGCCUCAUCUCCUCGUCACUUUAGUUUGUAUUUUAGUCCAGUUUUGAGUUCAGUCUUUGUCUAUUCAUCCUGUGAUCCAUCUUCAUCACAUGGGUUCUGUUAUUCAGUGUAUUGCUAUCCAAUCUGACUCUGGUUAACUUUUCCAGGUUUUGGGGAGAGGAUGGUUGAGUUUCCUUUUCUAAAGGGUCUGUGCACAGAGGGUCCUUUGAGGCACAUUUGGAAGCACUCCAUAAACAAUCCAUAUAAUCCAUAUAAUUAAAAAAAUAUGUUUCAGUUAUUUCAUAAUCGUCAUAAUUAAUUCUAGCAAGAUGUGAAAUCGAACAUUUUUUUUCUGCAGCUGUUAUUUAUUUCAUUUAUUUAUUGUAUUACACCAUUUACAGCAACACCCAACUCACAUUUCUGAUACAAUACAAUUUAUCAUGCGUGGUUCAUUACUUCUCCUGAAAGGCACACAUGAAUUAAAAAGUCUCACGCUGUCGUGUAUCUUUAAGAAGAAGCUGUGGUGGGGGUGAACUCGUGGCUGUGGAGUUCCCUGAAAGGCCGCUAGGCGCGUCUCUGCUCCAUGAAAGCUGCCGAAAGAGACUGAGGGCUGGAGGAGGAGGGGGAGGAGGAGGAGGAGGAGGGAGAGGAGGAGAGAGCAGAGAGAGAGGACGGUGUUUUAUCAGCCAAGCGCAGCCUGAAUCGUGAGGAGCGGACGAUGGGGGGGAAAAAAAUCCCACUCUUGUUUCUUUUUCUCCAAGCUCAACGUCAUUAACAUGUAGACUGAUGCGCGUCAAAAGACCUGGAGCGUAAUGGUAUUUACUGUCUAGGAGAAUUCAGUUGUAAUUAUAGUUGUGAAUUAAAAACAUUUUGGAUUAACAACGCACUUGUUUUUGGACUAAAAGGGUUUCCUUAUUGUUUCCGCGCGUAUAUAAAUCUUGGACCGCAUUUAACCUGAGUUUUUACCUUCUGGAGUGAAAAGUGCGCCAGCCUCGUUUCCCAGGCUUAUUUCCAACGCUUGAGCGUCGGGAUUUUUUUGGGGCGCUAUGUGGAUUUUGUAAGGAAUGCACCUUAUCCUAACAGGACAUAACGCACAGAGGAAUAUUGUCUGAGAGGGAAAAGGCAGCGGAUGGGAACCUUCCUUUUAAGGAUACAGACUUCGGACUGGUCCAGACUACUCCAAGUAUAACAAUUACAAUCACUGCACUGCUUCUGCUGCUUCUGCUGCUGUACAUGUCAGUCUGCUCACCUUCAAAUGAUGGAAACCAUCAUCGCUGAUUGGCUUGUCUAUCUUCUGAGAAGCGGAGCUUAAGGAUGGUCUCUUUACUGUUGUCCUCUUCAUUGCAGUGGUUGUUGAGAGGACCUUUUUGAUGAAUAUUUUCCAUAUUGUGAGGAAUAUUUCUUGGAUUUCCCUUCACCAAGCUGGAGGACACUGAUGGCUGCUACAUUUCCAUCGGAUGGAUGACCAAAAGGAUCAUUAGCAACUACGACCCUCGUCUGCUCUGGAGUUUCCCACUUGUUUAUGCCUUGAGUGAAUGUGAUUUUAGUGUGAUUGUGUGGUUGUGUUUGCAUCUGUGUGGCAUAGAUGAGAGAUAGAAAAUAAGGAUUGUUUUAUUACGAAAGGACAAGAGAGGACGCAAAAAAUUGAAAACACGAAAGAGCAGCUAUGUCCCAUUGGAGACACAAUUUGAGGACUGGGUGCCGGCUACUUCAGACUGCCAAGAGCAGGAGCAGGAUGAUGAGAUACAUAGGAUUUGAAGGUUCCAUAGGCAUGGGCCGAUGGGUGUCCACUCUAAUAUGGAUGGGGCUGCUGCUGCUGCAGGCAUCACUGGCAUCUGUGUCAGCUCAAAAACUCGACGAGAAUGACCCGGUGGUUACCACCACCAAUGGCAAGUUGCGCGGCAUUAAGAAGGAGCUCAACAACGAGAUCCUGGGUCCUGUUGUGCAGUUUCUGGGUGUCCCGUAUGCCGCUCCUCCCACUGGUGAGCGUCGUUUCCAGCCACCUGAGCCACCGGCUUCAUGGCCGGAGAUCCGCAACGCCACACACUUUGCCCCGGUUUGCCCUCAGAGCAUCGUGGAGGGUCGUCUGCCAGAUGUGAUGCUGCCAGUGUGGUUCACCAACAGCAUGGACGUGGUGUCCACAUAUGUCCAGGACCAGAGCGAGGACUGUCUCUAUCUUAACAUCUAUGUCCCCACUGAGGAUGGUCCCCUUACAAAGAAACACACUGAUGAUUUAGGUGAUAGUGACCGCACGGAUGAUGAAGACAUUAGGGAGAGUGGAAGCCCCAAGCCGGUGAUGGUUUUCAUCCAUGGGGGCUCCUACAUGGAAGGAACUGGGAAUAUGUUUGACGGCAGCAUCCUAGCCAGCUAUGGGAAUGUGAUUGUCAUAACUGUCAACUACCGUCUGGGCGUCCUAGGGUUCUUGAGUACAGGAGACCAGGCAGCCAAAGGGAAUUACGGUUUGUUGGACCAGAUCCAGGCUCUGCGUUGGACCAGUGAGAACAUUGCAGCCUUUGGUGGCGACCCGUUACGUAUCACUGUGUUUGGAUCAGGAGCCGGAGCUUCCUGUGUCAAUCUGCUCACACUGUCUCACUACUCUGAGGGCAACCGCUGGAGCAACUCCACCAAAGGCCUGUUCCAGAGGGCCAUCGCCCAGAGUGGCACAGCUCUGUCCAGCUGGGCAGUCAGUUUUCAGCCAGCCAAGUACGCCCGCAUGCUCGCCCGGAAGGUGGGCUGUAACCUGGAGGACACAGUAGAGCUUGUGGUGUGCCUUCAGAGAAAACAUUACAAGGAGCUGGUGGACCAAGACAUCCAGCCAGCUCGCUACCACAUUGCCUUUGGGCCUGUUAUUGAUGGAGAUGUUAUACCUGAUGACCCUCAGAUACUCAUGGAGCAAGGUGAGUUCCUCAACUAUGAUAUCAUGCUGGGAGUUAACCAGGGUGAGGGCCUUAAGUUCGUGGAGCUUAUCGUGGACAACGAAAAUGGUGUUCAGGCUAACGACUUUGACUACGCCGUAUCCAGCUUUGUGGAUGACCUCUAUGGCUACCCAGAGGGUAAAGACAUCCUCCGGGAGACUAUCAAGUUUAUGUACACAGACUGGGCUGAUAGGCACAACCCAGAGACUCGCCGGAAGACACUGCUGGCCCUUUUCACCGAUCACCAGUGGGUGGCGCCCGCCGUCGCCACAGCUGAUCUGCACUCCAGCUUUGGCUCCCCAACAUACUUCUAUGCCUUCUACCACCACUGUCAGACAGAACAGGUACCACCGUGGGCAGACGCAGCACAUGGAGAUGAGAUUCCUUAUGUGUUUGGCCUGCCGAUGAUUGGACCAACAGAGCUGUUUCCCUGCAACUUCUCCAAGAAUGAUGUGAUGCUCAGUGCAGUGGUGAUGACCUACUGGACAAACUUUGCCAAGACAGGGGACCCAAACCAGCCUGUCCCCCAGGACACCAAGUUCAUCCACACUAAGCCCAACCGCUUUGAAGAAGUGGCAUGGACACGCUACAACCAGAAAGACCAGCUUUACCUGCACAUUGGCCUGAAGCCUCGUGUCAAAGAGCAUUACCGUGCCAACAAGGUCAACUUGUGGUUGGAGCUGGUUCCUCAUCUACACAGCCUCAAUGAAGUCACACAGCUCAUCCCCACCACCACCAAGAUUCCCCCACCAGAGGCUACCAACCGCACCCCGAAGACCAAGGUUCUGGUGACAAAGCGCCCUAACCCAACUCCAUUCCCCACGGAGACACAGGACAGCCACAACCAGCCACACCUAGUGGACCAACGUGACUACUCCACUGAGCUGUCAGUGACCAUCGCUGUAGGGGCCUCCCUGCUCUUCCUUAACAUUCUGGCCUUUGCCGCACUUUACUACAAGAAGGACAAGCGCCGGCAUGAUGUUCAUAGGCGCUGCAGCCCCCAGCGGAGUGCCACCAAUGACCUGGCUCACACUCAGGAGGAGGAGAUCAUGUCCCUACAGAUGAAGCAGCACUCAGACCUGGACCGGGACUGCAGGGGGGUGGGUGACUCCUUGCACCCUCAUGACAUGGUGUUGAGGACUGCCUGCCCACCGGAUUACACUCUGGCCAUGAGGCGCUCACCGGACGACAUCCCGCUCAUGACGCCAAACACCAUAACCAUGAUCCCCAGCACCAUGGGGGGGCUCACCUCGCUCCACUCUUUCAACACCUUUCCCAGCAGUGGGCAGAAUAACACCCUGCCCCACCCACACUCACACUCCACCACCCGGGUAUAGCCCUGUGUAUGCACCACGCAAGCAGGACUGAAGGCUGAGGCAAAAAUCUUACGCCACUGCUGCAGCAGAGACUUAUGGCCAACAUGCUGACAAACACAGAUAUGUCAGGAGCUGAAACGUCAGCCUGGAGUUGCUAGACACCCAUGGAAAUAAGCUGGGAUUGUAUGACACUUGUUAAUACCUGAGGGAAUAUAGUAAAGGGAUUUCUGGGGGCUUGGACCAGAGGGAAAAAAAAUUAUGUUUUUGUAAAAAAUAACUAACUAAAUAAAUAAAUAAAAGACAAGAAGAAAAAAGUACAAUAAGGAGUUGAAGAAAAACACCUUACAAGCUAAAACAAGGAGGAAGAUGUUUUUAUGAUUAUUUUUGUUCUGAUAUUGCAGCAAAACAAAGUACAGUAAACUACUUUUUCUUUCUAGCGACAGAUAUGGCCUUCGGGAUCUUUUGACAAAUGACUGCUUGACAGUAUUAUCUGAAAGCAGAACAGAGCAUCAGACACGCCUCAGAGGUGAGAAGAGGGGAGCACUUUGUAAAAGAAAGAGAAAAGUGGUUUCUUUUGGCAUCACACUGCAGAUUACUCUGUUUUUGGGAAACAGAGAAGAUGCAGCGCAAACCUACUUAGGCAUGUAUUAACUUCAUAAAUGGAGGCUAUUUAAGAUAAAGCCAAACCAACUGUUCAUUGGAGCAAAGGAAGGACUGCAAACUUAAAGGAAAAAGAAACAAUGUAUGCACAAUGGAACCAUUUUGAAGAAAAAAAAAUGUCACAGAUACUUUUCAUCCAUUUAUUUUUGAGGAUCAGGAACAAUUUUAUUGUAUAGAACAUAUUUACAUAUCUAUAUCUGUACACUAAGCACCAAGGCUGUCGAAGCCCUCUUCUCUUGUGGGGCAUCUAUACUGCAAAACCUGCCAGCAGGACUGAACCAGUGGGAAAUGAGGAUCCAACUACUGGCUUUCUGGCAGUUCCAACUUAAACACAGAGAGCUGGGAGGACAGAGGAUAAUUGGAUAUUUUAGCACGAUGCGCAUGACAAUUUAUCUGCUUGAUGGCUGCUCUGCUGAUUAUGUCAUUAUUAAGAAUAAUUUUCACCCUCUCCCUUGCAUUGGAGCAAUUUCAGACGGGUUUCCAGAUUGGAUUACAGGAAAACACACACCCUCGCAGGACCAUGGGAAAUGCGGUUCCAGGUUGUGGAUGUUGUGGGUUCGAGUUGGGGAAAGAAAGGGCUGGGGAUAUGGUAAAACUUUCUUGCAUAACAUAAUAUAGCUUGAGUGGAGCUGGGCAUAUAAGGACUAGUUUUGUACUCUGUGUGUUGGUACUACUUUUUGAUAGUGGUUAAAUCACAUUACACUGUAUCAAUCAAACUCAUUGUACCUUCAGUUGAGAUCAGUGUUCUUUGCUAUUCUACCUAUUGGACCACUUUACCGUAUAGAAGUAAUUACCUGCACUGUUUAUUCCAUUGCCCAUUUUUUUUCUUUUCUUUAACUGGAAAGUGUGUUAAUUGAGUGACACAGUGGAUGCCCAAUGGUAUGAAAAAAAUGCAAGGAAAAUCUAGUGGAAAAUAUGGCAAAGAGUGAAUCUCUCUUUUUCGUCAUCUACCCAGGUUCUGUGGAGUCCUUUAAACAUGAUGGCUUUCACAUGACUAAUGCAAGUCAAAGGCCAAGCACAGACAGAUCACAUUUGUGGAAUUUUUGGAAUUUGCCCAUCAGGUGGAUAUGAGGAAGAGCUAUGGUCAUCUGGAGUAGGUCAAUUUCCAUGAUGCUCUUUUCAGCUAGUUUUCAUCAUUAGCAACUGUCGAUCUUUUUUCAGGGCACAUUGUAUUACAGGGAGGAAGCAAGGUCACCCAUAGCAACUGAGACCCACAGUGAGGCAUCUUUACCUCACUUUAAAGAGCUACUACUUUAUUCUUUUGGCCCCACAUUUUUUCUGCUAAAGAUCUCUAUCACCUCAUCUUUUAUAAUGAGGUGACAGGUUGGACUGCUUAGCAAAGCUGUUUGUAGUUUACAGAGUCCUGCAAGGCUGUCUGACCUAACAUCUUUAGGUCAUUGAAGCCUCUGCAGCUAACAGUGUUGGCCACUGGAAUAGGAAUGCGUCGUACAGCAAAGCAGGCCGCAGUCAGAUCCUGUCGCUUAAGAGUCAAGUGUGUGUAGAGCUAAAGUGGUAAUCUUCGAAACAAAGAGAGGAAUACCCCGGAUGGCAGGCCUAUAGUGCUCAGAUAUUAGAUCUGUAUGCUGGCGCAGAGAUGCUACUUGGUGAGCUGAAAUGCUUGUCUCCCUGUUUUCCCUUCACUAAAGUGUAAGUGUGUGGAGGUCUCUGUUGUGAGAAUACAUCCUGCCCCUUUUGGCUUGCUCACAGGCACUGUGCAGUCAUUCAAAAUAAUGAGUGCAGACUACUGUUACCCCACAUAACACUGCAGCGGGCAAGCUGGAUAGGGGGUGGGGGUGGGGGUGGAUGGGUCUAGUCUGUCAUAAGGACUUUUGGGAUAAGAUUUACAUUGAAUAAACUAAUCACAUCUAUUUGCUCCAGACUCUUUCUCUGGAUGAAAUGAACCACCACGGCUUGAUGUGGGAUUUAAACAAAAGGAAGAUUGCAAGGCUAUUAUCACAUAUCAUCCCCACAUCCCAGGGCCAUUUUAAUAACCCACUCUGUAAAAACAAGCCAAUGACACAAAAAAGUGUACAUUUCAGAAUAUGGGGACAAUCCAUUCAGCCAGUCUGUUGGCAUUGUGUCAACAGGCCAGUAGUUUUCAUGCUCUGUCACCCAGCUUACCUGUUUCUGAUUGCCAACACAUACAAACAUAUGCAAACGAAAAUUUGAGCAAACACCCUCACACUCAACCAUGUGCUAAGUAAUUAAGCCUGGGCUUUCCAAUCAUUUUGCUAUCUAUUCAAUAUAUUGUAUAUAGACUAACACUCUGAUUGCCUGGACUUGGACAUAAGAUGUCAUUGACCCAAAUAAAAAACUACAUGACCUUGAUUAAGAACCCAAGGCAAUGGCUGAAAUACAUUUUCCAGGUUGAGCCCUGCAAAAAUAUUAAAUGCUGAUGUUGGCUAGAUAGCCUACUGACAGCAAGUGUAACGAUCAAGCAGUUCUUAAAACAUGGGUUGUCAUGAUAAAAUAUACAAGGGUCAAACUGUCAGCUAUACUGGGAUCAGACACCAUAAUAUCAGCCUAAUUAUCUCCCCACCCAGACUCAUACCCAGCAAUGAUAUUUUAUCUCAUUUUAGUGAGCCUGUUAGCAUUUUACUAGCAUUUGAUCACCCCAGGGCCCGGAGAAUUCUAUCAAAUUAAUGACACCUGUUGAUGUCAGUCAUUCUAAUUCUACAAAGUGGUAAAGAAAACGACAGGCCACAACGUGACAAUUAAUGAUUCCAAGUUCAUUUUCAUCAUGUUUAAAUAUGUAAACAUUCAUUGGUGGCCCAUAUUAUUUGUACAAAUGUUGAAAGAAAGAUUGGUCCAGAGUGUAGGUUCAAUGUCCCCCAGCCAAGUCAUAACAAGAAUUCUGUGUUUGCCUGAUUCAGUGGUUCCCAAAACUUACACCCACCUAAACCGACACAAAUUAGACCACGCACACCCGUUUGAUAAGACAACCUUGUCCAACCUGAAAAGAAUUUUGGUUUUACAGAAAGUGUAUGAAACCUAUGACCAACAUAGUUCUACAUUGUAUCAUUGUGUUACUUAGGAAUGGAAUUAUAGUUAAAACGAAAUUAUUCAAAUUUCUGCAGAAUGAUGAGCUUACAUUUGCAGGUGGCAUUUCACUUAGAUUCAUUUUGAUCUGUUUGACUGAAAGCCUUCCUGGAUCACAGCUGCACCUGCAAUUCUUUGUGUCCACAAACUUGCAAACUGUGGUAGCUUUUCAGAAAUGAAAUGAAAUACCAAAAUGCACAAUUUAAGUAUUUAUGUUUUUAUUAGUAACUACCUGUAGUACUGAAAAAUACAAUUUGCUCUACAUUACAAAAGUAACAUCAUUAACAGUUACUCCUUGUAAACAAUAGGUACCUGAGUACAUUAGUUAGCACCUGCCUAAUUCAGGUGCUGCUCUCCAGAGAAAUGACAUGGGUCAAAGCAAAGGCCAUCCAUUUAAUUAAAUAUCUAAUUGCAACAAUGUAUAAAUAGUCAAGCAUUUGCAGGGCCAUGCUAAGUACCUGACAGCUGAAGAUGAAUACUAAUUAAUAACUUGCCAUGCAUUCAAUUGUCUGAUUGAUGACAGGUGAUAAAUGAAAGCCAACUGUAGCGUGAGAGAAGUUCCGGUCAGGAUCUGACAUAUUCAAAUUAAAAAUGGAAACUACCGGGAGCUGUAGUGAAUUCAGUGUAUGGUGAAGGGCUAAUAAGAUUUAGCAUGUGUGAUUACUACGUACAAACAGAACAUUCCUAGUUUUCUUCCACAGAAGAAGCCGUCCUGUUGGACUGCCUGGGGCUGUAAAACUAGACAGACUAAAAAGGUGUUGGAGAGGAGGUGCUGAAAUGACUCAUGAAUCAAGGGUUAUAUAAGAGAGGAAAUGCAUUAAAUAGCUUUGCCAUGCCUAACAACAGACAGUGGAGAGGCAUGAUUACCAAGGCAAACUGAAACAGUAUCAUUAGUGCGAGAAACCGUAACUUUUUCAGUAAAAGCAUCAGGUGACCUUCAUACCCUAAAGAGGAGUACUUUCUGUACUGAUUGAGAAAGCUAAUGGCAGUGUAACCUACAUCACUGAAAACUUGCAUAAGCAGGCUAGAAAAAAAAAGAAAAAGUGUUAGGAAAUAGAUUAAAUAUUGAGCUAGCAGCACAAAUUGAGAGCCAGCCACAGCAGACCUUAGUGUAACUGAUUGGACCACUAGCUAGCUGUUACAUCCCCGGUGAGUGAGAAGAUGUGAAAAACAUUUCUGAGACUGGGAGGAAGCACUCACUGUCCCCAGAGAGACGACUCAGCACCUUCAGUGAGACUGAAGACACUGAAGGUGCAUGCUCCAUUACAAGUGGGUGACUACAAAAGAUGAUCUUGAUAAAAUGCAUAACAGCCUACUACAGUCAUAGCAAACUUGUACAAAUACAUAUACUGCAUACUACAGUAUGUAUGUACAUUUGAACAUCCCAGUCUCAAAAUUUAGCAUGGACAAACACCUCUGACAUACCCAUUUAAACAUUUGAAAUGACAUCCAUUAUGAAGAACAUAUUUUCAUAACAAGCUUCUUUUUAAACAUUUUC